AUGAUCGAUAUAACUCAUUUCAUUAUAUUAAUAGUCACUAUUAUAAGUCCACUAAUCGAUGCAACAUUUCACCAAUCUUCAGCAAUUCCGACCCGUAAAAGAGAAACAUUUUUCUAUUUUUUUGCCAAAAGGGAUCCAUGUGCUUCUAUUUGUCAAGAAGCAGGAUUUCAAGUCUUUAAUGCUUGUGCAGCUUGGGAUUCUAAUGAUUGGUCCACCGCAAGUUGUCUUUGUGAAAUAGAUGAUGAAACUCUUUAUGAUGAAUUUUUUGAAUGUGAUGAAUGUGAAAAUGAUACGAAUCAAGAUACCAUUCAAGGGUUAAGAGAUUAUCAAUGUGAAUUGGCUAAUAGUCUUUAUUCAACUUAUGUACCAUACUCAACUCCACCAUUCUCAGGUUAUCUUACAAGAACUUAUAGUUUUGAAAAUCAAAUAUUCUAUUAUACUUAUAAUGGAACUAAUAUUUUUACUACUAAUUCGGAUGGUCAAACGAUACUUCAAACCUUAACUCAAACCAAUGGUUCCAGUUCAACCAAUACUGUAAGUUAUCAAGUUACUGAUUUAAAUAACAAUACAGAAACUUAUGCAAGUUCAUUUUCCCUUACAUCUUUACCUCUGUAUGCUUCAACUCAAGGUACAGUAGUUGAUUCAGGUCAACCAAUUCAAAUUGCAAGUUCUACUCUAAGUCCAAGUUCAAGUUCAAUUCAAGUUCUACAUCAACAUCAACUCCAUCAACUACGUCAACAACCAACACAGGCUAUGAAACUACAACCACUACUCUGCUCAUCAUCACUAUUACAUCUUACCAAACUGUAA